UCUCAUUCAUUAUGUUUUAGUAAUGUUAUCUUAAUGUUAUUCUGUGUGUUCAGUGACAUCGUCUGUUAGGGGCUUCUUCUUUUCUGGAAUAGUUGUCUUUCACACCUCACUGAGUAACACUUAGGUCCUUUCUGUGGUUUCCAUUCACACUCAGCAAGUAGAGUACGGCAACAAAGUGUGGACAAAUGCUGUUAGUGUGAGGAAAUGGGUCUGUAAUGUAUAAUCACUAUAAUGUGUGAUUGUGUUUCAGUGUUACUGGGUCAGGAUGGCAGGAGUGUGAAGUACAUCACUCAGAGUAUCUGUACCUUGAAGGGGUUAACAGUAGAGCUGACCUGCUGUUACACAUAUCCCAGUGGUACAGUCACAACAACCUUCUGGUUCACUAGAAAUGAUGCUGAGGAGAAUCCUGUGACUCUGAGUGAUGAACCAGACUACACAGGUCAUGUGACGUACUGUAGCAACAAGAAGAAUGGCCACACCCUGACAAUCAGAGAUCUGAGAGAGUGUGACUCAGCUAUGUGCAAUGUCCAUCCUGACCCUAACUGGGACACACACCACUGAAAAUGAGGACCAGACACUCUGGCAGUAGUGACACGUUCACAUCUCUUCAGAGAGAUGCUCAGCACUCCGUAUAUCAGACCAUCCAGGGGAGAAAACCACCACAGAACCUGGACUAAAGAGAACCACCACAGAACCUGGACUGAAGAGAACCACCACAGAACCUGGACUGAAGAGAACCACCACAGAACCUGGAGGGAAGAGAACCACCACAGAACCUGGAGGGAAGAGAACCACCACAGAACCUGGAGGGAAGAGAACCACCACAAAACAUGGACUGAAGAGAACCACCAUAAAACAUGGACUGAAGAGACCCACCACAGAACAUGGACUGAAGAGAACCACCACAGAACAUGGACUGAAGAGAACCACCACAGAACAUGGACUGAAGAGAACCAUCACAAAACAUGGACUGAAGAGAACCAUCACAAAACAUGGACUGAAGAGAACCAUCACAAAACAUGGACUGAAGAGAACCACCACAAAACAUGGACUGAAGAGAACCAUCACAAAACAUGGACUGAAGAGAACCACCACAGAACAUGGACUGAAGAGAACCAUCACAAAACAUGGACUGAAGAGAACCACCACAGAACAUGGACUGAAGAGAACCACCACAGAACAUGGACUGAAGAGAACCACCACAGAACCUGGACUAAAGAGCUAUGGCUCCAAACCAAAGCUAGUCCUUACACUCUAUUCUCUUGCUAAUAUAUUGUUAUAAUAUCUUGAAGGUUCAACCAAAUUACAAAAUGACACAUUGGUUUCCCUUCCCUUUUAGCAGUCUAUGAACAUGGUGUGACAUCAGUCCCUGCUUUGGUUUAGUUUCUCCUGACACUGUUUCCACUUGCUAACGUUUUAGCAUUCGUGGCACAAAUCCCAUUCGUCAUGUGACUGUUAAGAGGCAUUUCUCGCCCAUCAUUUCAAAAUCAAUCAAACGUUUUUUUUAAAUGCGUUGUGAAGGUCAACAAAGUCACUUCCAGAUGAUUUGAACAUGAUGAGAGAAUGUUAACAUGUGAAAUCUUAAUAUCAGUCCCGUGACUUGAAUGGGAUUUUUGUAAAUGUGGGAGUGUUCGACAUUGUAGCUGACUUUAUAGGCAAGUCGAGAUCUACAAAUCACCUUGCAUGAUGAAUAACUACUCAAUAUUAUUUAUAGAUCAUUCAGUCAGUCACAAUUUACCCAUGAUACAUCAGUUUUGAUGUUCUCGAACACUGUCUGUGUGACUGCUGAAGGAAGCCUUCUCUGCAUAAGCUUCUUGGUUCCUGACAUAGAGUUGGAUAGAAGGUACAUCUUGGCAUCUUUGUCAUGAUGUCUUCUGUGACAGAAUCAGCAGCACCAUUGAGGGCUAUUUCCAUAUUAAAGUAGUUUAUAUCUUCAACUUCCAUAAGUUUAAUAACAGUCGGUAUACCAACUGAAAUGGGGUAUUCAAUGGCUUAGCCGUGCUAAAACAGGCUUUGAAGCAAGUACGUCCUCUAUUCAACUCUAUUGUCCCUGACUGCUUCAAUGUUGUGUCAACCACAGACUUCAAACCUCACACUCAGUGUGUAUUUACAUAGACUUCCAGUAAGUUAACUUACAACACAUCUCCCCUUCACUCUGUAAGUCUGCUUGACUAUAUCUUAAAAUAUGUUUAUUUUAUCAUGUGUUUGUGUCCAUGAACUUCUGUAUCCUGUUAUGUGCAUGGCGAUGCUGUUGUAAUGUAUGUUUAGUUUUUCUGUUAUUUACAGUAUACUCUGUAGAUGUAUUUCUGCAUAUUUAAUCUGAUACAGUAUUGUACAUGGGGUUACACAUAUAUUUUUGUAUGGUAUUUUAAGGACCAUCAAAGCAAGAGAUUGUUGUGGAGACUUGUUUGAAAAUGAACUAAAGUAAGACUGAGAGCAACAGUGGUUAGGUGUAUGCUUCGUAAGAGCUUUAGGAGUGGUACUAACAUGAGACACAGUGAUGGUGGGUUGUGUAUAGGAGUAGUAUUAACAUGAGACACAGUGAUGGUGGGUUGUGUUUAGGAGUAGUAUUAACAUGAGACACAGUGAUGGUGGGUUGUGUUUAGGAGUAGUAUUAGCCUAAGACACAGUGAUGGUGAGUUGUGUUUAGGAGUAGUAUUAGCCUAAGACACAGUGAUGGUGGGUUGUGUUUAGGAGUAGUAUUAACCUAAGACACAGUGAUGGUGGGUUGUGUUUAGGAGUAGUAUAAACAUAAGACACCGUGAUGGUGGGUUGUGUUUAGGAGUAGUAUAAACAUAAGACACAGUGAUGGUGGGUUGUGUUUAGUAUAAAGUAUUUUGUUGGUUUAAAUGCACACACUCAGUAUCACUUCCCUGUUCUACUUUCCUGUCUGUCCCCUGACAGACAUCCCGAGUCAUAUCAGAAAUCUGUAUAUACACAUUAGACUUUACAGAACAUGUUCCUCUGUAGCUCAGUUGGUAGAACAUGGCACCUGCAACGUUAUGGGUUUGGUUCCCAGGACCACCCAUAGGUGCUCUAGUCUAGAACACUGAACCUUCAGUACCACUUUGAUGCAGCUGAUGAGGAGUGAUGGUCAUGGGUGUUUAAAUGGAAUGGGUUCUAAUUGAAUAACAUCAAUGAACUUUGACCUGUAUAUUCAGAACUCAGAAGGGCAAGGUAGGUCAUUAAAAUGAUAAUGUUAUAAAUAGUAUAGUCAACACAUUGUUUACAUGGUUCUGUCUGUAGUAUAAAAGACCACAGUGAAAAUUGACACAUUUUUUAAAUAAAAUUAAUAUAUGCCCAGACUUGUCUUUUACAUCAUUUCUGUUCUAUUACAGUAACAGCCCUUUUCUGGUGUGUUGGUCUGGUUGCCAUGUUAAUGUCUUUACUAAACAGGAAGGACAGUUCUGCAUCCACUACUUGUGUUCUGACUGCUUUUAUAAGGUUUCAACACUUACUUCUUGUUUUCACUCACUACCAGACAGUUGACUCACUGUACAAGACCUCUCCUCUUCACUUCACUCUGGAACUACUCUUGACAAUAUCUUGAAAUAUGGUUUCUGGUUAUUUGUUUUUAGUCAUAAGUCAAAUACUUGAGGACUACAGGGUGGGAGAUGCAACAAUGGCCUUGAGAACAGCAGGACGUGUGUUGGUGGUCUUUCUCUGGUCUGUGACAGUGGUACUGGGUCAGGAUGGCUGGAGUGUUACAUACACCACUCAGAGUAUCUGUACCUUGAAGGGGUCAACAGUGGAUCUGUUCUGCUCUUACACAUAUCCCAGAGGUAAAGUCACAACAACAUUCUGGUUCACUGAAUGGGGGACUGGUGUAGAACCUGAAGAUCUAGGUCAGGACCCAGAGUAUGCAGGUCGUCUGGAGUAUCACGGGGAUAAGAAGAAAGACUGUACCCUGAAAAUCACAGACCUGAGAGAGAGAGACUCAGCUACGUACAAGUUCAGAUUACUAACAGAUCAGGAAGGAGGGAAAUUUUCUGGAAGUCCUGGAGCCACUCUGUCUGUCACAGGUCUUCAGGUGAAGUUGACUGGUGGAUAUCAGGAUAAGACAUUGACCUGUAGCACCACCUGUACUCUGACUGACAACCCCACCUACAUCUGGUACAAGAACGGACAACAUCUAGAUGAGAGUACCUCCCCCCAGUACAAAUACUCAGUCUCCAAUGACUAUGAUGACAGUUAUUCCUGUGCUGUAAAAGGCCAUGAGGACCUCCACUCUCCUGCAGUGUGUGUUCAGGGUCAGAGAUGCUACAGAGUGACUAACACCAAGAGGAGAAUCUGUGUCUUGAAGGGUUCAACAGUGGACAUAUCCUGUACUUAUGUUGGUUAUUAUUCCACCACAUCAUCAUUCUGGUUUAGAAGUGAUAAGUCGACCCCUGAAGACCUAACCACUGACCCAGGGUAUGCAGGUCGUGUGGAGUACACCGGAACAUACAAAGGUCCCUUCACCCUGAGAAUCACAGAUCUGAGAGAGGAGGACUCAGCUGAGUAUCGCUUCACUUUUAAAACAGACAACUUUGACUGGGGUCAUAGUUUCCCAGGAACAACUCUGUCUGUCACAGACCUGCAGGUGAAGGUGACUCCUGCUGUAGAGGGACAGAAGACACUGACCUGUAUCACCACCUGUACUCUGACUGACAACCCCACCUACAUCUGGUACAAGAACGGACAACGUCUAGAUGAGAGCACCUCCCCCCAGUACAAAGACCCAGUCUACAGUAACUAUGGAGACAGUUACUCCUGUGCUGUAAAAGGCCAUGAGGAUCACCACUCUCCUGCAGUGUGUGUUGUGGGUGAGAGCUGUAUGAAUGUGACUUACACCCAUCAGAGUAUCUGUGCUUUGAAAGGGUCAACAGUGGACAUAUCCUGCUUUUACACACAUCCCAGUUGGCAUAACGUCACAGAAGUGUCCUGGUUCAACAAAUGGGAGUCUGGUGUCACUAAAGACCUGAGCCUGAACCCAGAGUAUGCAGAUCGUGUGGAAUACCAUCGACAAACAGAAAAGGACUCCACCCUGAGAAUCACAGACCUGAGAGAAAGUGACUCAACUGAGUACAAGUUCAAAUUUACAACUGAUGAGGCAAGAUGGGGGUCCAGCUUCCCUGGAACAACUCUGACUGUCACAGGUUUUCAGGUGGAGGUGACUCCUAAAUGGAGUUCAGAGUAUAAGACACUGACCUGUAUCACCACCUGUACUCUGAGUAACCCCAACCCCAUCUAUAUCUGGUACAAGAACGGACAACAUCUAGAUGAGAGCACCUCCCCCCAGUACAAAGACCCAGUCUCCAGUAACCAUGACGAUAGUUACUCCUGUGCUGUGAAAGGUCAUGAGGAUCUACUCUCUCCUGCAGUGUGUGUUCAGGGUCAGAGCUGCUACAGAGUGACUUACACCAAGAGGAGAAUCUGUGUCUUGAAGGGGUCAACAGUGGACAUAUCCUGUACUUAUGUUGGUUAUUAUUCCACCACAUCAUCAUUCUGGUUCAGAAGUGAUAAGUCGACCCCUGAAGACCUAACCAGAGUCCCAGGGUAUGCAGGUCGUGUGGAGCACACUGGAACAUACAGAGGUCCCUCCUCCCUGAGAAUCACAGAUCUGAGAGAGGAGGACUCAGCUGAGUAUCGCUUCACUUUUAAAACAAACAACUUUGAAUGGGGUCAUAGUUUCCCAGGAACAACUCUGUCUGUCACAGGUCUGCAGGUGAAUGUGACUCCUGCUGUAGAGGGACAGAAGACACUGACCUGUAUCACCACCUGUACUCUGACUGACAACCCCACCUACAUCUGGUACAAGAACGGACAACGUCUAGAUGAGCCCACUUCCCAACAAUACUCUAGUAAUAUCCUAGUAGUGUUGGGUCAUUCUGUGGACAGUUACUCCUGUACUGUAGAACACCAUGAGGACCUCCACUCUCCUGCAGUGUAUGCUCCAAGGAACACCUCAGUGUCAGUCAGUCCCUCUGGUGAAAUAGUGGAGGGCAGUUCAGUGACUCUGACCUGCAGCAGUGAUGCCAACCCACCUGUGGACAAAUACACCUGGUACAAGAAGAACGUAACCUCACCAAAAGCAUCAGGACAGAGUUACAACAUCACUAACAUCAGCUCUGAGGACAGAGGAGAAUAUUACUGUGAGGCCCAGAAUGGAAGAGGAUCUAUGAACUCUACAGCUCUGAUGAUCAUUAUAGCAGGGAAACAGACCUCAGUUCUGACUGCAGCUGUAGGAAUCAUAGUGGUUGUUCUGGUUCUCAUCCUCUGUCUCUCUGGACUCAUGUGUUUCAGGAGUUUCACAGGAGGAAGUGAUGCGUCAACAGACACACAGAGUGUCCGUCCUGACUGUAACAGUGACACGUACACAGCUCUGAACAUGAGGACCAUGUCCCCUGACUACGACACUCUGAUAAGUGUCCAUCCUGACCCUAACAGUGAUACAUACACACCUCUGAACAUGAAGACCAGGUCACCAGAGUAUGACACCCUGGCAAAUGUGAGGGGAAUCUCCCACUGAAGAGUAUCACCACAGAACCUGGACGGAAGAGAAGCACCACAGAUCCUGGACUGAAGAGAACAACCAACAUUGAACCUGGACUGAAGAGAAGCACCACAGAACCUGGACUGAAGAGAACCAUCAUAGAUCCUGGACUGAAGAGAACCAUCACAGAUCCUGGACUGAAGAGAACCACCACAGAUCCUGGACUGAAGAGAACCACCAACAGUGAACCUGGACUGAAGAGAAGCACCACAGAACCUGGACUGAAGAGAACCAUCAUAGAUCCUGGACUGAAGAGAACCAUCACAGAUCCUGGACUGAAGAGAACCACCACAGAUCCUGGACUGAAGAGAACCACCAACAUUGAACCUGGACUGAAAAUGAUCACCACACAACCUGGACUGAAGGUUCCAAUACAAAACGAGGCCUUACACCUCUAUUCUGUUGUUGCCAUAUGUAGAAGUUUUUACACACCAUGAACUUUAACCUUUCAGUAAAUACUGGAAUAUAUAUUUUCUUUUCUUAUAAUGAUAAUUAUAUAUUAUUUUAUAUAUUUAUUAUAUAAUUAUAUAUUUUUUAAUGUAAAUAGCAACAUUUUCUUGUGUACCAAUCUGUUUACUAUCUUUAGUUUUAUUUCUGAUCUUUUGAUGGGAUUUUGCCAUAUACAGAUGUUUUAUAACAUCAAUAGUCCUACUUUCCUCAGCAACUAAUAUAGAUAAUAUUGACAACAGCUUUUAAUAUAUUUAGCUCUUGGGCCAAGUUUCUCCUGAUGUGUUUAAUGGUGAUUUACUUUGUAUUGCUGUCAGAUAUCAUUACUAAUUUUAUAUUAUGUAAUACAAUAUUGUUCCGUCAUGAUAUAUUUUUUAUUUUAAAAUAAAUUCAAUCAGUUAUUAUAAUUUCCAACAUUUUGGUAGGCUAUUUGUUAGUCAACUUGUCUAUCAUUUCUAAAUACAUGCAGUGGCGACACGUCAUUCAAGGCAGCUGAGGCAGAGCUAAAUCUGUUUUCAGCCCCAUGGUUAGCUUUUUUUGUUGCUUGUUUUGCAUGUUUUUAAAUGAAUACGUGACACAUAUCAGUUUGCAAAUAAAGUUAAUGAAUAAAUAAAGCAUUGAGUUAAUAAAGUCGCAUAGAAACAUGG